AUGACGCCCCGAAAACUUCUAUUCCUGGUAGCUUUGAUUUCCAUUUUCAUUUCGCUCUCAUUUCAACUAAGGAAAAGGGAUAUACUUUCAGGGGAUUUUCUCGAAGAUAUAAAAGGAAAUACAAACGAAAUUGAUUUAUUAAAAGAGGCAAUAAAGAUCUUGGAGAGAGAGAUCUUGGAGAGAGAGAUCUUGGAGAGAGAGAUCUUGGAGAGAGAGAUUGAAAACCAAAAAAAGUCUAAAAAAUCUGGCCGUAGGCAUAAUAGUUCAAAAAACAUAAAAGCUAAUAAUGGCCUCUCGGAAUCGACAGAUUUCUCUUCUAAAAAUCACCUAACCCUUCAUACAAUCUUAAAAAAGACGCAGACCAGGUUGGAAGAACUUGGGGGAAAUAAUCAAAGAGAGAAUACGAAAGCGUUGAAACCCGAAGAAAAUGAACCGUUGAAACCCGAAGAAAAUGAAUUGGAAGCCCUAAAAAAAGAUGUUUUAGCCUCUUUAAAAGCAGCUCAAAAUUUUUUUACAGACAUAAAAUCCUUGCUAAGUGAAGUAAAUCUAAAAGAUAAAAAACAGUAUCUGCAAAAGAAAAAAACCCAGCUCGAAUCAAAAGAAAAUAAUCUAAAUAUGAUAAUAGCCCAGAUGAACCAAAAAAAAGGGGUUCCAAACGGAAAUAAUGCUCUAAAAGCUCUAAAAGCUCUAAAAAAAUAUUUAAACAAACUAAACGGGCAGUUGAGCGCUUUAAAACUACAUUUAAGCGGUCUACCCAAAAAGAAACAACUCCCUCAGACAGGUCAACAAGAUGCACUUUCCAGGCUUUUUACUUGGGCUCUCAACCUCAUAAACCAACCUUUUGCGUUCUGCGCCUCCUUCUAUGGGUAUGCAAAAACACACGUCGUUGCCUCUGGUCUGCACACCACGGCCGGGAUGCUCAAAAUGAUCGUUCCUCUGCUUUACACAUGGGCCGUAUCAAGCAUCCUCGAUUUGGUGUUCGUGUUGAUCCCGUUCACAUAUCAGAGGCUCGUAACCCCAGUUGGCGAUCCCAUCUCUACAGAUGUGCACGGGUUUACAAAUGGUACGCUGUCUCAAACCCCGCAUGCCCACUGGCUAUAUACCUUGACACCUGCCGACAAAAGCGUUCUUAUUUUUGGUGUUUUUUUUCUCCAAGUCGUCUUGGUUCCUCUAGGUCUUCUUCUGGCGUCCGAACCCAAAGAUGCCAACACCCGCGGUCUUUCUGCCGCUGCAGUGGGGACACCACCCACAAAACGGAAGUGGCAACGCAAAAUUGAGGCGACAGUCAGCUUUUUGACGAGCUAUUUUGUGUUUUUCGAUAUUAAUUGCCGCAUUGCGGUGACGCCUUUGAGGACGAUAGCGCUUCAAUUGUUUCCGGGAGAUUAUGGAGCGCUCAAGAAAGCCCCUUUGAAGCUCUCAAUGGCCGUUUCUAUUUUUCUCUUUUCCGCGGAUACCCUGGUGUGUCUUUACAGAAAUAAGCGCCUGCCUAUGCCAGUUUCGUUUUUAAAACAGCUGUUUGGAUGGCCUACACAAGGCGAUCAGAGCGGUCUGCUUGCUGAAUUCGUUCUCUUCAUUUAUUUCACGUUUUUGGGGACUUACAUUGUCAGCGUUACGUCGAUGGUGUGGUUUGAAUUUUGGGCGUCCAAAGCUUUCUUUUCCGAAGCGAUGCUUAGUUUAGUUUUCUUUGUGCUCUACAAAUACGCUCCUGCAUUCAACAACAGCAAAAAGAACAACCCGACCAAGCAAAGCUGA